AUGGCGAAAAAGGACAAGAAGGGCGAAAACUCGGUCCAGAACAAAGAGAUCUUUCAGCGCAUGAACUUUCUCUACCAGGCGGCCAUGUGCAUGGCCACCAUCACAACGCCACCACCUGGAAACAAUUCCAAGAGCAGUCUGCCAGGUGACGCCACCGAGAGUCAAGCAGCCACUGACAGCACUAUCGCGGACACAGCAACAAGCCAUGACUCGUUCGGAGACCCUAUAUCCGUAUCGGCAAUACCGACCACCUCUGCGAGUGUUGUGGAUAUGAACAACCUUCUCCAAGGACCACGUAAGCUCAGCAGGAAGAAGACGCGCAAGUUGCUGAGGGAGAGAAAGAACAGGAUUGCUAUGGAGCAGAUCAGCGAUCGCGGGAGUCACCACCGUCUAACAAACCCAGGCAAAGGUCCCGAUCCACGCCCACUCUCCGGCACUGCGCGAUUUUACGCUUCUACCCUGAUGGAGGUCGGUCGCAAGAAUGUUAUCCGCAUACGGUACUUUUGUAUGCCUGGGAAGGGUAUUGAGGGCGACCGUUGGGAAGUCGAGGAGACGAUCGGAAGAGAGGGCAACGAUACUGAGACAGGGUCAGUCAGCGCCACAACCUCAUCGGCGACAACUCCCGCCGAGACGCAUGAUGUCGGGAGUGAUAAUGUCGGUCUGGAGGAUUCCGUCAUGGAGAGAGCGGAAGGGAUGGAGGGUUUAAUUCUUCAGGAGGAUGUUGCUUAA